UGGCCGAGAGGUGGCCGAGAGGUGACCGAGAGAUGGCCGAGAGAUGGCCGAGAGAUGGCCGAGAGACGGCCGAGAGGUGGCCGAGAGAUGGCCGAGAGAUGGCCGAGAGGUGGCCGAGAGGUGGCCGAGAGAUGGCCGAGCGACAGCCGAGCGACAGCCGAGCGACAGCCGAGAGACAGCCGAGAGACAGCCGAGAGACAACCGAGCGACAGCCGAGCGACAGCCGAGCGACAGCCGAGCGACAGCCGAGCGACAGCCGAGAGAUAGCCGAGAGACAGCCGAGGAGGACAGCACCUUCAACGAGGUCAUACUCACCGAGCAAUAGUAACACUCCCCUCAUCAGGAUCGAGAUGGAGGAGGAGAGCGCCGAGGCCGAGGGCGCGGGCAGGCCGCUGGCGACUCCCUCGCCGCCAGCCGCGCGAUCUGCAGGCGAGUCGGAGGCGUCGCCGCCCGGCGCAAAGGCUUCGCAGGGCGGCGGUUUCUCGAGGCUCGCCGAGGAGGGGAGGCUGAGCUGAAAUCGCGGAGGUAGGGCAACUCACAGAGACGCGUUUGGCGCCGGGCAGUGGCCUCUCUCGCCCUCGUGGCUGCCUAUUGUGUACGGGGGGAGCAUUUUAUUGUGCACGGUUGUGUGUGUGUUGUCUCUCGACCGUACUCGCGAGGCUCUCGUCUCACCAAACUCGUCGUGUGUGUGGUGUGUGUCAGUGGUCGGACUGUUAGUGCUGCGUGCCGCGAGGAGAGUUAUAUGGGGUAAUUUGUGCGAUUGCCGCUUCGUUUUGUGAUUGGCUACAAUGUAUGU